AUGGCGUCCGGAAAACCCGAACCACCGCCUCCCACCGACUAUCGCUACGAUGCUCUUCCUUCUACUCCUCAACAAAACCAAUAUUUCGUUGUCUUACCCUUCUACUCUCCCUCCGGCCACCUCAGGUGGCGUCGAUUAUGCCGUCGCUACCUCUCCUGCGCCAGCACCAUCCUCCUUCUCUCCGUCGCUCUCUACUUUCUCUGGCCCUCUGAUCCUUACCUGAAAGUGGUUCGUAAUCCUGAUGUUUACUCGCUCAAUUACGAGUCUCUCAAUGUCUCGGUCGGGUACAGGGGAGAGCAGCUAGGGUUUGUCACAUCGGAUGAUGGAAAGGUUAAGGCAUUCGGUACAUCGUAUAUCGAUGCUACACUGGUUCUUAAUGGAUCAGAAGUGAUCUCCGAAGCGUUUUCUCUGAUUCAAGAUCUGGUGAAAGGUUCGAUUCCGUUUACCACGACCCCUGAAAUUCGCGGCAGCCUUGGAAUUUUCUUCUUUCAACUGCCAAUUUCGGCUAAGUUAUCAUGUGAGGUUGUGAUGAACAUAAACAAUCAAACAAUAGAACGACAAGAUUGUUAUCCUGCGGUAAAUUGA